AUGUUUGGGAGGAAGAAUUUUUCAGCGGUUGACGGAAUUCUUAGGUCAUAUGUUGGCUUAUCGUCUAUAGGCACCAUCAAUCGCCUUUCCCGUUUCUACACCAUUCCGAGAGCCGAUGCCGACGCUCAUUCGGUCACUGGAAGGUUCGUGGAUGACGUUUCGAAACCUUACACAGUUACGACAUAUGCCCGUCCUAACGUUGUUCUUGCUCGUGGGAAAGGCUCUUAUCUUUUGACCUCGAAAACAGACGUUAUGUUGACUUCACUGCGGGAAUCGCUGUCACUUGUUUGGGUCAUGCUAACGAUGAACUUGAUGCAUUGUUCAAACCUAUACUACAACCUCCCUGCUGGUGAACUAGCAAAUAAACUUGUGGCCAAAACGUUGGAUUCGAAAGGUAUGCAUGACGCUCAAAGAGUAUUCUUAUGCAACUCUGGCACUGAGGCCAACGAGGCUGCCCUCAAAUUUGCAAGGAAAUAUGCUAAGCAAAGAAAUGCCGGUAAGACUGAAAUCAUUGCAUUUAAGAAUGGAUUUCAUGGACCACCCUUUGCUCCGUUAGUUCCUGGCGUUCGUAUUGCGGAAACUGAUGAUAUUGAGUCAGUGAAAAGUGUGAUCAGCAAAGAAAAGACAGCUGCUGUUAUCAUUGAGCCGAUACAAGGUGAAGGUGGUGUCAACGUAGUCCAACCAGACUUCUUGAUUGAAUUGAGAAAGCUAUGUGACGAGAACGAUGUCGUGCUCAUAUAUGACGAGAUUCAGUGUGGGUUAGGAAGAACUUCGAGCCUUUGGGCCCAUAGUGAAUUACCGCCUUCGGCUCAUCCCGACAUUGUCACCAUGGCGAAAGCAUUAGGUAAUGGAUUUCCUAUCGGUGCAGUCAUGACAAACGAAAAGAUUGAGAAUGCUCUUGACGUCGGUGACCAUGGUACAACUUAUGGAGGUAACCCCUUGGGCUCCGCUGUUGGUUUACAUGUUGUAGAAACAGUUAGCAACAAAGACUUCUUGGAAUCAGUCGCUCAAAAGAGUCAAAAGUUUGAGGAUGGCUUGAAAGACAUUGUGGAGAAGUUUCCCGACUAUGUCGACUCUGUCAAAGGGAGAGGGUUGUUACUAGGCUUGCAGCUCACCUCGAAACUCGACAGUGGUGAGGUAGUGAACAAGGCCCGUGAACAUGGCUUGUUGGUGAUAACCGCUGGCGGAAAUGUUAUUAGAAUCGUACCUGCGCUAAACAUUCCAGAACAAACGAUAGAGGAAGGAUUAGCCUUGUUGACUGAGGCUAUAAGCGGAGCUAUCAACGGUAACGCGCUCAAGAUCCGGUACAAGGGAUCGUGCAUUUUAGUCGUGGUUUCGCUUCCAGUGCUUAGAUUUUGGUCUCAUCAAUCAUUCGUCGUUUCCUAUUCCAUGACAAUACCGUUUACAGUUCCUACGCUGGAGCUUGAUUAUUGCCUCUCGCAGCUCCUUGAGCACAAGCCGCCGAAGAUUCUUCCCGAAGAGACCAUCCUGCAACUAUGUCAUCAGCUUAAGACACAACUUUUAGGCGUCCCCAACAUCAUGUCAUUGACCUCUCCAUGCACAUUGGUCGGUGACAUUCAUGGACAGUUCCACGACUUGCUAGAGAUUUUCAAGGUCGGCGGCUCUCCACCUGACACGAAUUAUCUAUUUCUAGGAGACUACGUCGAUCGGGGAUAUUACUCGGUUGAGACCAUUUCGCUUCUAAUUGCAUUGAAACUUAGAUAUCCCGAGAGAGUUUUUCUUAUCCGUGGCAAUCACGAGUCAAGAACUAUCACAACUAAUUAUGGGUUCUACACGGAAGUGUUGAAUAAAUAUAACGGCUCGUUGAAAGUGUGGCAGUACAUCACGGAUCUCUUUGAUUACUUGCCUUUGGGAGCCACCAUAGAUGCAAAGAUUUUUGCUACUCAUGGUGGUCUUUCACCUUCUUGCCAACUUCUCGACCAAAUUCGUGCUAUAGACAGAUUCAAAGAAGUUCCACAUGAUGGGAUAAUGGCGGAUUUGGUUUGGUCAGAUCCAGAUCCCGAGACUACAGAUUUCAAGUUGUCCCCAAGAGGAGCCGGCUAUCUAUUUGGAUAUGAUGUGAUGAAAAAGUUCAAUCAUGACAAUGAUCUCGUACAGUUGGUGAGAGCACACCAGCUUUGUAACGAGGGCUUUGUCAGCUACUGGCAUGGUAUGUGUCUCACCAUCUGGUCAGCUCCUAACUAUUGUUAUAGAUGUGGCAACCGUGCAAGCGUCUUAGAAAUAUCUCAUUCAAACUAUGAAAGCAAGGCUAAGCAACCUCAGGGUGUCUUACCGGGGCAGUAUUGCAACGUAUUUGAAGCAUCACCAGAGAAUGACGAGGACACAGUGCAAGGAAGAGGAGUUAAUGGCAUUAACCCUGACAGUAUAAGCUCUGGCAAAGACAUCUUUAGUGCCUACUUCAAUGGUCGUACACGUACUCAACAUGUCGAAUACUUUCUUUGA